GUCUGGAUGGAUGCUGGCACUCAAAUCUUCUUUUCGUAUGCAAUUUGUCUGGGAUGCCUGACAGCUCUGGGCAGCUAUAACAAAUACCAUAACAACUGCUACAGGGACUGCGUGGCCCUCUGUUUCCUCAACAGCGGCACCAGCUUUGUGGCCGGCUUUGCCAUCUUCUCCAUCCUGGGCUUCAUGGCAAGGGAGCAGGGCGUUCCCAUUGCCGAGGUGGCUGAGUCGGGGCCUGGCCUGGCAUUCAUCGCCUACCCUCGGGCUGUGGUCAUGCUGCCCUUCUCCCCGCUCUGGGCAUGCUUCUUCUUCCUGAUGGUUGUUUUGCUGGGACUGGACAGCCAGUUUGUUUGCGUGGAGAGCCUCGUCACAGCCCUUGUGGACAUGUACCCCACCAUUUUCCACAAGAAGAACAGCCGGGAGACCCUCAUCCUGGUGGUCUCCAUCCUCUCCUAUCUGGUCGGGCUGGUGAUGCUCACAGAGGGUGGGAUGUAUGUCUUCCAGCUCUUUGAUUACUAUGCUGCCAGUGGCAUGUGCCUGCUCUUUGUGGCCAUCUUCGAGACUCUCUGCAUCGCCUGGGUCUAUGGUGCUGAGCGUUUCUACGAUAACAUUGAAGAUAUGAUCGGUUACCGACCGUGGCCCAUCAUCAAAUACUGCUGGCUUUUCAUCACCCCGGCAGUUUGUAUGGCAACCUUCCUGUUUUCCCUGAUCAAAUACACCCCGCUGACAUACAACAAGAAGUACGUGUACCCGUGGUGGGGAGACACCCUUGGCUGGCUGCUGGCCCUCUCCUCCAUGGUAUGCAUCCCUCUCUGGAUCGUCUACAAACUCUCCACCAUCAAAGGCUCCCUCAGAGAGAGGCUCCGCCAACUCACCUGCCCACUUGAGGACUUGCCUUCCAUGCCGAGCACGGGACAGCCCCUUCCCUCCACCAGAGCUGGCCUCCUGAUGCUGACAGAGCUCGAAUCUCAUUGCUAGGACCAGUGUGGCUCUCCCUCCCUCCCCCCAGGAUGGUUUCUAUACAGCCUUUACCACCUGUUGGAUAACACAAGGAUUCUUCACUUGCCAUGGAGAGAGGGAUUUCUGGGCUAAGCUCCCUUCCCUGGAAGAUUUGAAGGGCUGAGGAGGAGGCUGUCGUGGAGAUGGUCUCCGUGGAGUUAGCAAUGCACCUUAAUCCUCUCUCUGGAGAGGGCUCUGAAAGGGCAGAUCAAGCACCGAUAUUCCUGAGCAUCCCCAGCCUUCUGGUGGGCAGAAAGGAAGGACUGAUCCUGGAGUGGAGAGUGUCAGAGAGUCUCGGAGGUGUGGCUCCAGUGUGGACUUUGGGAGCUUCUCCAUUCAUUCCAUUAAAUCCUUGUUUUUCCCCUCUA